GUAGCGACUGUGAGAAGAAGUGUUUAUGUGGCGGGGGUGAGUGCAAGCGAGAGGCAUUUCCUUUGCAAUCAAAGUGCACUAUUACAACCCAGAGAACUGUAAAUGCUGAGGAUCGCAAUGUUCUGCAUGAAGCCUUAACUGAGUUGCAGAGCAAUUUGAAUGGUCCCACAUUGUCAUUGUUUGGAUCUUCUAGUGCUCAUGGAUUUUCCACUGAGCUUAUCAAGAGCUUGUGGCAGAAGCUUCCUCGAUAUUUUCAGUUUCUGACAUUUUAAAGAGGUUUCAGGUAUUUAACAUUGUUCAUGCAAAGAUGGUUCUAGAAAUAUUUCAAGAAACCUUUGAGGACAUAGCCUGCUUCGAGGAGAUCAUGCAGGCUUUGCCUGAAGAUUUGUUCAAUUUCUUUGACAAUCCCAGAGAAAAGGAGCUUACCUUUGAGACAUUCUCUUCUUCAGAAAGUGAAUCAGAGGAAUAUAAUUCUCAUGAACUGGAAAACUUGUAGGUCCAUAUAGCUCAUAGGUUCUUUUCAUUCUUAUUACUUAUUUAAGACUAAAACUGUAAGAAGUCCUUCAGGAUUGCCAUGUGGGUUACCUUUUGCCUCUUGCCUCACCUGAGGUCUGCAGUUCCGUUUAGUUUGCUGUCACUUGCCCACUGGCAACAGGGACUGCUUGCAGUUUUUAGACAUUGGCCACAUAGUGACAGCCCUGAUAGUACCUAUGUUCUCAACCAAUACAUGUAAAUAAUAACAGACAGCGGUUCACAAACUAGAGAGUCUAAAUUGCCUAGCUUUUAUUUGCAUUCAGUCAAGUAUUUUUGAAAAACUUAAUUUUGCAGGUGAUUACUUAUUUGCACCAACAUAGGAUGCCUGUGCCAAUUCAUUUUCACUUGUUCUUACCAUUAUUCAAUUUGCUGCUUUUCUAUGUACAACGUUUAUUUCAGUUAUAUAUUAUUCCUCGUCAUUUUACAUCAUUAUUUAGAUUAACUAAAUAAAAACUAUGGGCAUGUCUUAUAAGCAUGUCCAAUUUCAUCUAAUUAAAAGAUAAUGGAACUAUUACCUAGCUGGCAUUUCAAUCUAUUCUGUCACUGAUAGGUCUUUUUUGGGGGGGGGGGGGAGAUUUCACACAGAAAUCCCAAAAAAGACCAUAUUUACAUUUUGGGAUAUUCCUACCAUUCUAAUGUUUGUCAUAAUCUGACAACACAUUUGUGCUGAUUCAGGAUUUCUUAACAAAGGGACUUUUGCCUUAUAAAGGAAUUUGCAUGAAUGUGCUCGCUGAUUUAUCUGGCAAUUUCUAAGAUGGGGUUUACUGCCCUUGACUAUAGAUUCCCUUGCAUAUUUUCAACUUAUCCCUUACCCAGUGAUAAAAUUGUGCAUAAUCCAACUGAGAAAUUAUGUUAGCAUUCAACCUGGCAAAGCCAGAAUAACCAUCUCGUUGAGGGCACUUGCAAAAAGCAUUGAUACUGAUGAGAUCAGACACAAUCUGCAACACUGACUCUUCAUGACCUUUCCCACCGUGAACUUUGGAUGGCACUGUACAUCUACAAUCUUUGUCCACAGAGUUGAGGAUCAUUUCGAUUCCGUUUAAUGCAGCUGCUAUCCUCUGAGCACUUUCUUCAUUGACAUUUGCCCCAAGAGCUUUCAAGCAGGCUUUCAGCAAAUUGUUUAGAUGCUCUAACCGUAAAUCAAGGGGAAUAUUCCUACCUAUUCUUCCUGAAGUGUUACAAAAGCGGUUGGACAUAAGGCUAAAUGCUUCAGAUUGAUUUAGUAUGGCAUGAACACGCACCAACAAAAGCAGAGUCACAUAUGCAUACUUUGUAUGACCAUAACAAGAAAAAAUCAGCAGUCUUUGUCCAUCCCCCUCUCUAAUGGCAUCUCCAAAAUCUGACAACAAGAGUCCAUAUGUCAGCUUGGCUUUGUGAUAGUUAAAGAAAUGGUCUUCCUUUUUCUAUUCUGCAGAAUUUAUAACAUGGCCAGUCUCAGGGUUGCUAGUGCAUGUAGCUCGCAAGUCAGGAUGGGUUUGCUUCUCAUGUCUAACCCAGAAAAAAGUAGUUUGUAACAUUAUUGUUAGUGGGUGAACUUAUCCCCAUGCUAAACAAACAUAUUGGACCUUGCAGUAUAUAUCCUCACUACAUAUGAAAGUAGGGAUGGGACUCCUUUUUAUGUCAACAACCACAAAAUAAUUGUUAAUUGGUGAAAUUAUGAGUGUUAGCAGGUGAACUUAUCAUUUCAUUUAUGUACUAAAAACAUGUAAGGUGUUGCAUUUUGUCACUUAAGAGAAGCUUACAUUUUUAGUAAAAUUAUAGUUCCAGAAAUGGCAACAUUUAAACAUUACAGGAGCCUUUGUUUUGUCUUGUGUAGACCUUAUAUCACACUAAGUAAUAAUUACUUACCUGUUUUUUGUGGCUUUAGUUUUAUACACCAGACCACAGUUUCCUCUGCAUCUGUAAUAACCUUCUGAGUCUAGUGGUGCCGAAGGAUCAUUGUCUUGAAUAACAAGUUCAGGAUGGGCCUCAAUCUCAUGCCUAUUGAAAAAUUAUUCAGUUAUCCUAUUUUGAUGAAACACAAUUAUGUUUUGUUUGAGUGAUUACCAUCACAUGAAAAAAGUCAAAUGGUCCUACGUCUUACUCCUACACAUUAAAAAGAAGAGUGUUUUGAUCAAUGUAACAUGAGGGAAAGCUAAACACUGUGACGUUUAGUGACUAGCUGUUGCAAAAAACAGUGGAUUAAAGUCAAAUCAUGUUAUACAUUAACAUACCUGACUCUACCUGAGUAGAGGACGUAAGUGCGCUCACAUCCUGCUGCUCGACAUCGGUAUUCAUCCUUCUCAUUCUUCUCCAGAUGUUGAACUUGUUCUGUAAUGUCAGGGAGAGUGCUUGCAUUAAACACAAACUGCUCCAGGUACUAUACGAUCUGGUUAAAAAGCCAUGCCUUUUUGUCUUCUUUGGACUGCCAGGAUUGUGGAACUGUACACUUUGUCGGCUUAUCUGCAAUUAAAUUUUAAAUUUGUAAUUUGCACAUAUUUUUUCAUAAUAUUUUUCCAAGAACACCUUUAAGCUAUAGCUUUUCUGAAUUCCGAAUAAGUAAAAUGUUUUUCUUAAUUAUUUUUAUCUAGUCCAAGGUACAAGUUUAAAAAGACAAAAUUUGAGCACACAGUUUAAUUUUUUUUUAAAUUCCAAACCCGUUCAACACAAAUGGCUGAGGACAAAUAAUAAUUACUGCUCAAAAUACAUGUAUUAUCACCUUGUACAGAUUUCAUUCCAGCAAAUUCCAUAAACGAGGCAAUAAUGUGGGCUUCAAUUUCUCGGUCGUGGAAGUCCUUGUAGGCAUUAAAGUCCACUUUAGGUCCCUUCUUGGCGUUUGUUUUUCCUGUCCUGUUCAUUGAAGCAAGCACACAUGCUCCCAACUUCACCCGAAGAAUUGUUACUGAAAAAAAUUUUAUUGUCCACCUACCCAAAAAUAGCAAUAAUUAAAAAGUGUCGACUUAACCUUCAAUCACUUCAAGUGUUUGUAUGUGUAUGAAGUUCAUGUAGGCCCGAAAUCUACCAACUCACUUCAUAAAGAGUAACUUUUGCAUGCCAAUCUGUGUGGCUUGGGUCUAGCCCUUUGAGGCAAUCAAUGGCAUCAUCCCCGUCAACAAAUGCCCAUUGAACAUUCCUGGCUCUUUCCUCUUUAACAAUAAAGAAAAUAUAUACAUUCAAGUAAUAAUAAACAUUUAUUUAUAAACAGUGAAAUUACUGAAUGGCAGAUCUGGGUUAGGCCUUAGUUCAUAAAAGCAUUUGUAAGCUAUUAAAAGUAAAAGCAUACAGUAUGCCAUAAAAGGUUUCCAUCAAAACUUCUUCAGUGAAAAACAACAGUCUAGGUAAAAAAUAAUUAUUCUAGUGUCUCUUUCAUGGAAUUGCUCAAGUUCAUCAAAUUACAUUUUGUUGCAAGACACCCAGACUAUUAGACCAUGGCUUAGUGAUGGAAAAAUCACUUUGUACGAAAGUCUAACCUGUGAGAGCAUCCCCGUCAAAGAAAAUUGGUACGACAAAUGAGAGAUCACCAUCUGCUUUCCUCUCAUGUGGCACGUACUUCUUUUGAUCAUCUUUAAGGAGCUGAGCCAUUUCAGACGACAUGUUUGAAUAAAGCAGAGACAAACCCAAGGUGUACUGCAAUAUUAUUCAAAGGACAAACACGUUGAGAAAUACAAUGCCAAACUUUUUGGAGAAGCACCCUAAUAAUAUAAUUGGCUAAUGAAGAACAGCAGAGAUUGCCUGUUAACAAGCUUUUGCUGAAGGAUGUCUGACUUAAGAAUGCACUUGUCCAGCCAUGCUCAUCUAUAAGGAAAUUCUUAAGACUCAUGACCACAAAAAGAUCGACAGCACAAGCCUGUUGAGGCCAAAACUGGGGAAUGCCCACCCUCCCCCCCCACCACCCCUGCGACUCUCAUGAUGCAUGACAUACAUGUAGAUAAAGCCUCAGCCACUGAAAAAUCCCUUCUACAACACCAUAUGGUAUUUUUUAUCAAGAGGGUACUAAAUACACUGUGGGUAGUUCCUUUCAGUUGAUUAAUAAUAACAUAAGUUUUGCUUCCUUGUGUGACAAGCACGGUCUAAGAACAAACCAAACUUACCUUAAAAAGAUGUUAUGAUGUAAGGCUUUAAAAUUUACAAAUUCUGAUUUCCGUGACAUCUCAAUGGUGUGAGGAUGAGUUAUAUGUGAUACCAUCACCUCUUUCAUUGGUUGAAAAGCAGGCAAGUACCUGGUUAUCACUCUACCCACAAGUAUGGCACGAUCAGAUUUAAACUGAUUCUGAACGGAUGCUGUUGGCAGAAGUUGAUGAAGUGGCAGGUCAUCCAAAUUGCAACAUGGGCCCUUUUCUGCCAAACAACAACAACAACAACAACAACAUCUUUAUUUCUUACAUUAAAUAUACAAAUAUCACACCACCUGCAAAUAGCAAGGCUAAUCGAGGCAGGUGGUGUGUAGAUGGCUUAAGAUUUAUUACGAAUAGUUGAAGUGAAAAAGU